ACAAUGAUUAUGUAAUUGAUUUGAGAGAAUUCUGUUCUUUCACCUGAACUUUGGGUUAUGUCCGUCCGUCGUCCCGGGUCCGUGAAUAUUUGAAAAAGAGCUGUGCUGGAAACCCAGUGUGCAGAAUAAUUAGGUGGUGCAGUGGGGUUAGAGCCUCUGAAAUGCUGUCAAUUUGCAGGCGUCGUGGAAUACAGCUGGCAAACAAUUGGACAGCGCUUACUGUUUCCAGAAAUUGCCACUGUCGCCGAUUGACUAGUGCGCCGCUCACUACGAGUGGUGCUCUCAUUAGGUCUGAGUAUCAGUCACAUUUGUCUGUCAGACGGUUUCUUUGCUCUAGCAUGGAGCAGGGCCAUGCACAAACCACGAAUGUGGAGACAUCCCAAGAUUCAGCUGCACCAGCACAACAAGUAGAAGCAGCAGCAACAGCGACAGAGACAGUAGCCAAUGUGCGUGAGGAAACAGAAGAGGUUGCGGAAGAGGAUGAUCUUGUUGGCUACACGAAACGUGGGGAGUUCACCUCACAGAACUAUCGUGUGUCAAUCAAGAAUCUCCGUAAAUUCCCAGGCUAUCGGGUGCUGGCUGAGUGGGUGAAGGAGAAAAGUGGUGUUGGCCCACACCGUCUCUAUGUUGCAGGACACACGCGAACAAGACAGAUCUAUGUGACAUUCAAGUCAGAGGAAGAUCAAGCGACGGCAAUUGAGAAGCUGAACGGUUCUUUCUACCAAGGCGAGAAAAUCCAGUGUGUCAAGGAGAAGCCCCAGGCAGAUCCCUAUCUGGAACGUAAAGGCAAGAGUUCUCGUGAUGGUGACAAGAAGAACGCCAAGCGUGCAAGACAUGCCGACCCCGAGUUUGAGCACCUCACACCAGAAGAACGUGUGGCAAGAGUCAUUGAACCGUACAAGCCACUGCCAUAUGAAGAGCAGCUAAAGCGCAAGCAAGACUGGGUCUCGAUAGUGCUGAAGUCUAUUACAACACAGAUGAGCAGAAACACAUUAGUGCCUCCAUGGCUACCCAAGCAGAAGGCUGCUAAUGCUGGCAUGAUCUGUGAACUGCAGGACAUCCUGCAUUCGCCUGUAAAGGAGGCCUACCGUAUCAAGAAUGAGUUCUCCAUCGGUCCUGGUCCGGAGGCAUCACCACAAGUCACUGUUGGCUUCCGUCUUGGCGCGUACAAAGAGGGAUCAAUGACCAUUGUCAGUCCCGAAAAAUGCACAAUUGUUCCUGCUAUAGCACGAGAUGUAGCCACGACUUUCCAAGGAUAUGUGCGUCAGGCGGAGAUGCUGUACUUCGACGAAUGCACUCAUCUUGGCUACUGGCAGACACUGACUGUGCGCACCCCAUUAGCCGGUGGCUGUAUGGCUGUGGUUGGAAUGCAUCCGCAGAAGCUUACCCAGGCUGAAGUGGAAACAGAAGUUGAGCUGCUGCGCAAGUAUUUUGUUGAUGGUCCUGGAAAAGACAGUGGAAUUACAUCAAUGUACAUACAUUUUGACAUUACCAGAUACCGCAAAACGACAUCACUAAGGGACUAUUACCACGUGUUUGGAGACAUGCAUCUACAUGAGAAAUUGCUUGGCCUGACGUACAGAAUAUCGGCCGAUGCCUUCUUCCAAGUAAACACCCUUGCCACUGAACGUCUGUACACAUUAAUCUGUGACUGGUGCGAUGUCAACGAGGACUCUAUUGUCUUGGACAUAUGCUGUGGUACUGGUACGAUUGCCUUGGCACUGGCAAAGAGAGUGAAGAAAGUGAUUGGCGUGGAGAUGUGCGAACAAGCCGUGGAGGACGCCAAGCAUAAUGCGGAACUGAAUGGCAUCACCAAUGCUGAGUUUAUCUGUGGCAAAGCAGAAUUUGUCAUGGACGGGCUGAUGAAACGAUACGGCCGCAACCCCAACCUGGUCGCCGUUGUUGAUCCACCACGAGCUGGCUUGCAUCCGGAUGUGUGCCAGCUCAUUCGCAAGACCUCUGCCCUGAAACGUCUUGUCUUCGUCGCCUGCAACCUCAAGCAAUCUAAGGACAACAUCUUGUACCUAUGCAAACAUCCCAGCAGGGCGAUCACUACAAUGGGCUUCAGGCCACUCAAGGCUGUCACCGUGGACAUGUUUCCGCACACACCGCACUGCGAGGUCGCCAUGCUCCUGGAGAGGGUACCAUCUCCCAGACUCGCCGACUUCAAGACUGUGGGGGAGCCAACGACAGCCGACACAACAGCUGACGCAACGCAGCAGCCAAACCAAGCUGAAGCUCAGGCAGAGUAAGGCAACCGCGCUUCUGUGCACCAUUGGAGCAGCUCUGACUGGACGAUUGUCGCACUGCUUGAGCAUGCUGCAGAGGUAGUGCUGUUGAGCAGCUGGCCGUCAAGGUCAUGUGCUAAACACGAGGGUGUUUCAGCAGCCAUUCUGAAGUGUGCAUUCAAUGGUGAUCAGGAUUACGCCCUAAGGCAGCCCUGGAGCUGCUCCCGUUCUCCCCUUUGAGUGUACUGUGAAUCCCCUUGGAGCGUACUGUGAUGCGACAAAUUGAAUUUUGUCACACAAACCACAUCACAUUGUGGAUCGUGCAGCUCUCUGAUAUUCAUUGUGCCUUUUUUGACUUGAAUUGAUAGUAUUGGUGUGAUGAACUAUCAUUUUAGUUUCAGGUACACUUGAAACCUUCCGA